CUUAAUCAAAGCAGAAGGUUUGUAGAGACUCGCGAUCUUAGCGCGUUUCUCCGUGUGCUCGUUGUAAGACAGCGGGAUCCCUGCGGACGGUCGUCGUUCGACUGGCUCUCCGUUCGGUGCUUAUUAUCUCUCUGCGUUAGGCGUUUUAUCCGCUACCCGUCGCUUUCACGUGCGAUGCUAUAUAUUUAAAGGAAUCGACAGUUAUUUUAAGAAAAGUAUCGAUUCGUCGGCGUCGCGUUUGGAAGGUGCUCCCCGAGGGAAAUAAAAGUUUCCUUCGGGAAAUGAACAGGCUGUCCAGCGCAGGUGAAGGACUGUACAGCUGUUGAGACCUCCACCUUGCGGACUGAUCUGAUCAUCGGGCUGGAGCAGCUGUCAUGGAUCUGAAGGAGCGCAGGCACCGCACACUGACCCACGCUCGCUGUGCGAAAGAGUUCCAGUUCAACACCUCCACCCUGGACCACGACGAAUGUCGCGUACCCACCCAGAAGUCCUACAGCUCCAGCGAGACCCUGAAGGCUUUCGAUCACGAAUCACGUCUACAUUACGGUGGAUGCGUGACUGACCUGGUGCAUCAUGAAGCAGAUGAGUUCACCAGACAAGGAGGGAACUUUACUCUAGCCGAGCUGGGCAUUUGUGAACCGGCCCCGCAUCAGAAUGCGUACUGCCCGGACAUCGGUCUCUUGCAGCGCGGCUACUCUCUGAGCGCCGGCUCCGACGCGGACUCCGACCCAGAGGGCACGAUCUCUCCAGAGCGAGCCAUCCAGCUGUGGGCCGGCCACGAUAUCAAGUCCCGCCGCAGCUCCGGCCUCUCCAGCCGGGAGAACUCGGCUCUCACCCUCACCGACUCCGACAACGAGAACAAGUCUGACGACGAAUCAGGAGCUCCAAACCAUCACAGCCAGUCCACCCUACGUCCACCCAUCCCUCCACCGCACAACCACCAGACGCUCUCCCACCACCAGUCCUCUGCCAACUCGCUCAACCGCAACACACUGAGCGGCCGACGCAACCCCAUCCACGCCCCUCCGUCCGCCCCGGGUGAAGGGCCCACUACGCCCGAGUCAGUGCAGCUGCAGGACAGCUGGGUGCUCAACAGCAACGUCCCGUUGGAGACCAGGCAUUUCCUGUUUAAGACCUCUUCGGGGACCACUCCUCUCUUUAGCAGCUCAUCUCCGGGUUACCCCUUGACGUCCGGCACAGUAUAUUCUCCUCCACCGCGGCUCCUACCCAGAAACACCUUCUCCAGAAGCGCCUUCAAGUUGAAGAAGCCGUCGAAGUACUGCAGCUGGAAAUGUGCCGCCCUGUCGGCGAUCGCUGCUGCCGCCCUGCUGGCCAUCCUGCUGUCCUACUUCAUCGCCAUGAAUCUGUUGGGGCUCAACUGGCAGCUGAAACCCGUGGUUGGUCCCAUGUUGAACAACGGCUUGGGAGCCGGGCUGCCCAGCAACAGUGACGUAGCAACAGCGCCCUCUGGAGGCAGAGGGCCAUGGGCCUCUCGCAACAGCAGCAUAGAUACGGGCAGCCUGGAGGUGGGCAGGCGCGUGACCCAGGAGGUGCCUCCCGGGGUGUUCUGGAGAUCCCUGAUGCACCUCAGCCAGCCUCAGUUCCUCAAGUUCAACAUCUCCUUGGGCAAGGAUGCGCUGUUCGGGGUUUACAUUCGCAAAGGGCUGCCUCCGUCCCAUGCACAGUACGACUAUAUGGAGCGUUUGGAUGGAAAGGAGAAAUGGAGCGUAGUGGAGUCGCCCCGUGAGAGACGCAGUAUUCAGACGGUGGUUCUGAACGAGGCCGUGUUUGUACAGUAUCUGGACCCCGGCACGUGGCACCUGGCUUUCUACAACGACGGCAAGGAGAAGGAAUCUGUCUCCUUUAGCACAGCUGUUCUGGACUCUGUGCAAGAGUGUCCCCGCAACUGUCAUGGUAACGGAGAGUGUGUGUCAGGAGUAUGUCACUGUUUCCCCGGGUUCCAUGGCAUGGACUGCUCGAAAGCGGCGUGCCCGGUCCUCUGCAGUGGAAACGGUCAGUAUGACAAGGGAUCAUGUAUCUGCUAUAGCGGAUGGAAAGGUCCAGAAUGCGAUGUUCCCAUCAGUCAGUGCAUCGACCCCCAGUGUGGCGGUCAUGGCACGUGCACAGAGGGCACAUGUGUUUGUUCUCUGGGCUACAAAGGAGACAACUGCGCUGAGGUUGACUGCCUGGAUCCGACCUGCUCAAAUAAUGGCAUCUGUGUGAACGGAGAGUGCCACUGUAAACCAGGCUGGGGUGGACCAAGCUGUGAGCUGCCCAGAGCACAAUGCCCAGAUCAGUGCCAUGGUCAUGGUGCUUUUAUUCCAGACACAGGCGUCUGUAGCUGUGACCCCAAUUGGAUGGGCCCUGAUUGUUCUGUUGAGGUUUGCUCAGUGGACUGCGGGACACACGGCGUAUGCAUGGGUGGCUCGUGCCGCUGCGAGGAAGGCUGGACGGGUGCGGCAUGCGACCAGCGUGUGUGUAACCCGCUCUGCGUGAAGCACGGCACCUGUAAGGAUGGGAAGUGCGAGUGUGAACAGGGCUGGAAUGGAGAACACUGCACCAUCGAUGGCUGUCCAAACCGAUGUAAUGGAAAUGGACAGUGUCUGCUGGGUCAAAACAGCUGGCACUGCGAGUGCAAGACUGGAUGGAGAGGCAACGGCUGCAAUGUCGCCAUGGAGACUUCAUGUGCAGACAACAAAGACAAUGAAGGAGAUGGUCUGACUGACUGUAUGGAUCCAGACUGCUGUAUCCAAAGUCCCUGCCAGAAUAGUCCACUUUGUAGAGGGUCCAGGGAUCCCUUACAGGUCAUCCAGCAAGGCCAGCACCCUGAGCAGAAAGUCCGCUCUUUCUACGACCGUGUUAAGAUGCUAGUGGGCCGGGACAGCACACAUAUAAUCCCUGCAGACAAUCCAUUUAACGCAAGUCUGGCAUCACUGAUCAGAGGUCAGGUGGUGACGACAGAUGGAACACCGCUGGUGGGUGUUAAUGUGUCGUUCGUCAAGUACCCGCAGUAUGGCUACACCCUAACACGUCAGGAUGGAACAUUUGACCUCAUUGCCAAUGGUGGAGCCUCUCUCACCCUUCGAUUCGAGCGGGCUCCAUUUUUGAGUCAAGAGCGCACAGUGUGGCUCCCGUGGAACAUUUUCUAUGCCAUGGACACUUUGAUGUUAAAGACAGAGGAGAACACCAUCCCGAGCUGUGACCUCAGUGGCUUUGUGAGGCCUGAUCCUGUGGUGGUGGCCUCCCCCCUUUCUUCUUUCUUUAGUUCCAGGCCUGGAGAGAGGUCCAUCAUUCCAGAGACACAGGUUCUGCAUGAACAGCUAGAGAUUCCUGGCACCAAUUUGAAGCUCUGUCACCUGAGUUCUCGAACCCCAGGUUACCGCUCUUUGCUCAAGAUCACCAUGACUCAAGCCGUUGUGCCUCUCAGCCUGGUCAAAGUCCAUCUGAUGGUAGCCGUAGAGGGACACCUCUUCCAGAAGUGGUUCCACGCUUCACCCAACCUCGCCUACACCUUUAUCUGGGACAAGACAGAUGCAUAUGGUCAGCGUGUCUAUGGCCUCUCUGAUGCAGUGGUCUCUGUGGGGUAUGAAUAUGAAUCAUGUCCUAGUCUGGUGCUGUGGGAGAAGAGGACGGCUAUGCUUCAAGGCUAUGAGCUGGAACCUUCCAAUCUGGGCGGCUGGUCUCUGGACAAACACCAUAUACUCAACCUGCGCAGUGGCAUCCUUCAUAAGGGCAGCGGUGAGAACGUCUUUGUGUCCCAGCAGCCACCCAUCAUCACAAGCAUCAUGGGUAAUGGGCGUCGACGAAGCAUCUCAUGCCCGAGCUGUAAUGGCCUGGCUGAUGGAAAUAAGCUGUUGGCACCUGUAGCCCUGGCAGCAGGCAUUGAUGGCAGCCUCUACGUCGGAGACUUAAAUUUCGUACGCAGAGUUUAUCCCAACCUCAAUACUACACGCAUACUGGAGCUCAGAAAUAAGGAUUUUCGACACAGUAACAACCCGACUCAUAAGUACUUCCUGGCCGUGGACCCAGUCUCUGGGGCUCUGUUCAUCUCUGACACAAAUUCUCGGCGAAUCUACAAGGUGCGAUCGCUCACAGGGGGAAGACUGCUGGCCGACAAUGCUGAGGUGGUGGCGGGCACAGGAGAACAGUGCCUGCCCUUUGAUGAGAGAUGUGGAGACGGCGGCAAAGCUGUAGAAGCCACCCUCAUGAGCCCCAAAGGUAUUGCUGUAGAUAAAAACGGGCUUAUGUACUUCGUGGAUGCCACCAUGAUUAGGAAGGUGGAUCAAAAUGGCAUCAUCUCUACUCUCCUGGGUGCCAAUGACCUCACUGCUGUGCGCCCACUGAGCUGCGAUUCCAGCAUGGAUGUCAGUCAGGUACGCUUGGAGUGGCCCACUGACUUGGCAGUGAACCCUAUGGAUAACUCUCUGUAUGUGCUGGAGAACAACGUUAUCCUGCGCAUCACUGAAAACCACCAAGUCAGUAUCAUCGCGGGACGUCCCAUGCACUGCCAGGUGCCUGGCAUUGACUAUUCUCUCAGCAAACUAGCCAUCCACUCCGCCUUGGAGAGCGCCACGGCUAUCGCUAUCUCCCACACGGGUGUGCUCUACAUCGCUGAGACGGACGAGAAGAAGAUCAAUCGUGUGCGACAAGUUAGCACCAAUGGAGAGAUGUCGCUGCUGGCUGGCGCCACAUCAGAGUGCGACUGCAAGAACGACGUCAACUGUAACUGCUUUGCAGGAGACGACGGAUACGCUACGGACGCCAACCUCAACUCCCCCAUGUCUCUGGCUGUCUCACCGGAUGGCACGCUGUACAUUGCAGAUCUCAAUAACAUUCGGAUCCGGGCUGUGCGCACUAACCGACCAGGACCUUCAGCGCUGGGCCGAUACGAGGUGGCGUCCCCUCAGGAACAAGAGCUGUAUGUAUUCAACGAGGAGGGUCUCCACCUGCAGACCAUCAGUCUUGUGACGGGUCUGCCUCUCUACAACUUCAGCUACGGCCCUGAUGGAGAGAUGGCCACUGCCGUGGAUAACUGCAAUAAUACAGUUAAAGUGCGGAGGGAUGGGGCAGGGCAGGGUGGUGCGGGGCUGCUCAGGCUCAUUCUGCAGCCUGAGAAUCAGGUGGUUACGCUGGGACUGGAUCCUGCAGGAAGCCUACGCUCCAUCUCUGCACUCAACCAGGAGAUCGUUCUGCUGGGAUACAAUGGAAACACUGGUUUGUUGGCCACCAAGGCUGAUGAGACUGGCUGGACAACCUUUUAUGAGUAUGACAGUGAAGGACGACUCACCAAUGUGACGUACCCCACGGGGAUGGUUACAAGUCUGCAUAGGGAGAUCGAAAAAUCCAUCAACAUUGACAUAGAGAGCUCCAACAGAGAUGAUGACAUCACUGUUAUCACUAAUCUUUCGUCGGUAGAAGCGUCUUAUACUGUUGUGCAAGAUCAAGUACGGAACAGCUACCAAUUGUGUAACAAUGGCACUUUGAGAGUAAUGUAUGCCAAUGGGAUGGGCAUCAGCUACCACACUGAGCCACAUAUCCUGGCAGGAUCAGUGAGUCCCACCAUCGGCCGCAGGAACAUCACCCUUCCCACGGAUAAUGGUCUGAACUCUAUCGAGUGGAGGCUGCGCAAAGAACUGUCCAAGGGCAAGGUCACUGUGUUUGGCAGGAAGCUUCGGGCACAUGGGCGCAACCUCUUGUCAAUAGAUUUUGACAGGAACACACGCACUGAGAAGAUCUAUGACGACCACAGGAAGUUCACGCUGAGGAUCACGUAUGAUGCCCAGGGCAGGCCAGCAAUAUGGCAGCCGAGCAGCAGCCUUGCAGUGGUGAAUGUGUCAUACUCCAGCACAGGCCAGCUAGUGGGGUUGCACCGAGGGAGUAUGAGUGAGAGAACAGAAUUUGACCCACAAGGCAGAAUCCUCUCACGCUCUUUUGUGGAUGGAAAGGUCUGGAGCUACAGUUACCUGGACAAGUCCAUGGUGCUGCUCCUGCAGAGUCAGAGACAGUACAUCUUUGAGUUCGAUGCAUCUAACCGCAUCACUGCUGUCACCAUGCCCAGCGUCGCCCGUCACACCAUGUUCACUCACGUCUCCAUCGGCUACAUCCGCAACACCUACAACCCGCCGGAGAGCAAUGCGUCCAUCAUCUACGACUUCAGCGAGGACGGUCGCCCCCAGGCCACCUACUUCCUAGGCACCGGCCGUCGCGUGCUCUACAAAUAUGGCAAGCUGGCCAAGCUCUCCGAGAUCUUGUAUGACAGUACCGCCAUCACCUUCGGCUACGACGAGACAGCCGGCGUGCUAAAAAUGGUCAACUUGCAAAGCGGUGGCUUUUCGUGCACGAUUCGCUAUCGUAAAAUGGGUCCCCUAAUCGACAAGCAGAUCUACCGCUUCUCGGAAGAAGGUAUGGUGAAUGCGCGCUUUGACUACACCUACCACGACAAUAGUUUCAGGAUCGCAAGCAUGAAGCCAGUCAUUAGCGAGACGCCGCUUCCUGUAGAUCUAUACCGCUACGACGAGAUCUCCGGAAAAGUGGAGCACUUCGGAAAGUUUGGCGUCAUCUACUACGACAUCAAUCAGAUAAUCACCACUGCCGUCAUGACCCUCAGCAAGCAUUUCGAUGCUCACGGCAGAAUCAAAGAGGUUCAGUAUGAGAUCUUCCGCUCUCUCAUGUACUGGAUGACGGUGCAGUACGACAACAUGGGAAGAGUAAUCAAGCGAGAGCUAAAAAUCGGCCCGUAUGCCAACACCACGCAGUACCGCUACGAGUACGAUAACGACGGACAACUUAGUGGCGUGAAGGUGAACGAUUGGUCUACUUGGCGCUACAGCUACGACUUAAAUGGCAACCUACACCUGCUCAACCCUGGAAACAGCGCCAGGCUCAUGCCUCUUCGCUAUGACCUACGAGACCGCAUCACGCGGCUGGGUGACGUCCAGUACCGUCUGGAUGAGGACGGCUACCUCAGCCAGAGAGGCGGAGAUGUGUUUGACUACAACUCUAAAGGCCAGCUGGUGCGUGCCUAUAGCCGUGCAGCUGGAGGAUGGAGCGUCCAAUACCGUUACGAUGGACUCGGGCGCAGGGUGUCGACUAAGAACAGCCUGGGUCAACACCUCCAGUUCUUUUAUGCUGACCUGAACAACCCGACUCGGGUCACGCAUGUGUUCAACCACUCCAGCUCAGAAAUCAGCUCUUUGUACUAUGACCUGCAGGGCCAUCUGUUUGCAAUGGAGGUGAGCAGUGGGGAGGAGUAUUACAUUGCCUCGGACAACACUGGUACGCCACUGGCUGUCUUCAGCAGCAACGGGCAAAUGAUCAAACAGGUGCAAUACACCGCAUAUGGGGAGGUGUACCAUGACUCCAACCCUGAGUUCCAGCUCGUCAUUGGCUUCCACGGUGGGCUUUAUGACUCGCUAACCAAGCUGGUGCAUUUCACACAGAGAGACUAUGAUGUUUUAGCAGCCAGAUGGACAUCGCCUGAUUACACCAUGUGGCAAAAGAUUGGAAAAGAUCUGGCACCCUUUAACCUGUACAUGUUCAAGAAUAACAACCCUCUCAGUGACAUGCUGGAUGUCAAGAAUUAUGUCACAGAUGUGAAGAGUUGGCUGGUAAUGUUCGGCUUCCAGCUCAGCAACAUUAUCCCAGGCUUCCCCAGACACACACACUAUUUCGUGGAUCCGCCUUAUGAGCUCCUCGCCAGCCAAGAAAGUGAAAACGGGCAGCUGAUAACCGGAGUUCAGCAGGAAGCCGAACGGCACAACCAAGCUUUCAUGGCUCUGGAGGGACGGCUUCUUGACAAAGAGCGCAAGACCAAACACGAGAAACAAGGCCACUGGUUUGGCACAAGUACCCCCAUCAUCGGAAGAGGGGUGAUGCUGGCAGUGAAAGAAGGUCGUGUGGUCACAGGGGUCUCCAGCAUGGCCAGCGACGACAGCAGGAAGGUGGCUCUGGUGCUCAAUAGCGCCAUCUACUUAGACGGGACGCACUACACGCAGGAUGGCCGUGACUGUCAUUUCUUCGUGAAGAUCGGCUCAGCUGACAGUGACCUACUAGCUUUGGGACUCACCAAUGGACGCAAGGCGCUGGAAAGCGGGAUCAACGUGACGGUCAGCGGGCGCUCGCGAAGAGGGGUCACCGUCGAGUUCCGGGUUCCGGCGCUUUCUCUGAGCGUGCGCUACGGGUUGGCGUCGGACGUCCUGGAUGAGGAAAGAGCCCGGCUAUUGGAGUUGGCACGGCAACGGGCGCUUUCGGGAGCCUGGCUGCGAGAGCAGCAGAGGGCCCGGGAUAAUAAGGAAGGAAGCCGCUUGUGGACUGAAGGAGAGAGACAGCAGCUCCUUUCAACAGGGAAAGUGCAGGGCUACGACGGGUACUACAUUUUACCUGUGGAACAGUAUCCGGAAUUAGCGGACAGCUGCUUCAACAUCCAGUUCCUGAGACAGAAUGAGAUGGGGAAGAGGUAACAGUCCAAAGGGUUUGUUAUCCCGUUUCUUUAUAUUAGGCUUUGUCUCCGCUUAUACCUUUACCGUUUUCAGUUCUUUUCUCGAUCUUUUUUCUCUCUCUCGCUCUGUCUUUCUCUUUUUUCUUCGCUUUUUUUCCGUUAUCUCCUGAACCCACGGAGAAUAAUCGAACUAAUGGGGAAACUCACUGAACGCUGCAGGGACUUUUAAAAGAAGAACAUUCAAAAACUUUGUUAAUACUGCCUCUGGCAAAAAAGAACAAUUUGAAAGACCUCGUCUUUGUUUUUCAACAAUGGACGUCAAAAAGCACUGAUAAACUGAAAAACGAAACAGAGCUACUGUUGCUGAAAUACGAAAAAUCCCCUUUUUAAAAAAGAAUAGAUAUUUUUACCCAUAUUUUUUGGGUUACCGAGAGGAUGUUGGUGCCAGAUGGUACGCUUGUGAUCGUGUGAUCUGGAUCGGAGAGGUGCUGCGAGUCUCACGCGCCGCUGGAGAGGCCCAGUCUCGACGUCAGAACUGAGGAGUAACAUCCGUCAUGAGAAAUGUCAGUCUCAGGCCUCACAUUCUUCACAGCAAAACUGUCAAUUGCCACAGCAGCAAGUCCCAUCAUCUACAGACUGUUUCUUCAAGACAAAUCCAGCGGAGUAAAAGUGAUGAGAACAUCCGAGUCUGGCGUAGUUCGUUUCAUCACUGAUAGAAAAGUACAGUACUUGCAUUGUAUCUGAUAACAGUGAAGUUCUGAGUGUGCUUUAGAUGCGAUAGUUUUGUACGUACCAGUCGCAUUAGAGUAACGAGACCUUCACCAGGGCACUUCUGUAUAGAGAUAUCAGAAAAAAAGAAAAAAAAAACUCCCAGACUCCAGAUUGAAAGGUUACUAGUGUCAGAAACUAUUUAUUUUUAAUUAGUUUGUUUUCAUUUUUAGCAUUCAUAGUACUCUAUGACAAUCAUAAAGGAGUCACCGCUUUUAGCUACAAAGAGAAAACAUUGAUGGUCGAGUUUAUUUUACUUUGUACGAUAUGUAAUCAUUUUUCAUUUUUGUAUUGAUUUUGAUUUUAAUUUUUUUUUUCGCUUCGAAGCAAAUUCUAGUCAUACACAGAAAUAAUUUAUGUAAAGUGUUUUAAAAUGGUUUAUACUUUAAAUAAAGUUUAAAACUGUGAAACUUGUUUUUCAAAAUAUAUCUGUAUGUACAGUGUAUAGAUUUACCUUUAUGCAGCACAGUAGAAUAUUGUUCAUAAUAUCAACUUUUAUAUUUCUAACAGAAGGUGGCUUGUUAUGUGAAAAUAAACAGCUGGUAUUAAAACACUAGAAUUUUGUGACACUCAGAUAUCACAGAUGAAUAAUAUUGAUACCCCGUUUGAUGUUCUGUUUGUUUAGUUUUGUUUUUAUGCAGAAAAAGUUGCUGUACUAGAACCCAAACCAUAGAAAUGGAUUCUUUCCACUGUGAAGAGACUCAUUAUGGAUGUCAUGAUGUACCAAAUCAGUAUUGAGGGGAUGAUUCUUACUCAAGUGAGACUCUUCUGAGACCUUACCAAUAAAUAGUUUAAUUCA